AUUGUAGAGGCCCCAGUCUGAGGGAGGUUGUACAUAUCCAGGAUAUAGAGUUUGGCGCUGCCCUUUGUCCUAUAUUCUGCAGCCGGCUUGGAAGUAAAAUAUGUUGCUGAGAACCUGAAGGCGUCUGCAGCUUCUCGGCGACAAUGUGGGCUCUUGUUUUCUGGAUAUUUGCUCUUCUGCUAUCCCUGGCCUCCGUGUCCUUUAUCCUAUUCUGUGGAUAUGUAUUCUACAUACACAGGAAAUAUGACCACAUUCCUGGACCCCCCAGAAGCAGCUUCCUCUUUGGACAUUCUUCCGCAACAAUGAAGCAUAUGAAGAAAAAUGAGCUUGUGUAUGACCUGUUUUUUGACUGGGUCCAGAAAUAUGGCCCAGUUGUGCGGUUAAAUUUUUUACAUAAUGUGAUGAUUUUAGUUACCAGCCCUGAAGCAGUAAAGGAAUUUCUGAUGUCUCCAAAAUACACAAAGGACUGGUUUUACAGCCGGCUGGCUAACAUGUUUGGUGUUCGGUUCAUGGGAAGAGGCUUGGUAACAGAUCGGGAUUAUGAUCACUGGCACAAACAGAGGAGAAUCAUGGAUCCAGCAUUUAGUAGAACAUACUUGAUUGGAAUGAUGGCACCCUUCAAUGAGAAAGCCGAAGACUUGGUGGAGAGACUUGCUGAAAAGGCUGAUGGAAAAACUGAGAUUGGAAUGCAUGACAUGCUGUGCAGAGUCACCCUGGAUGUCAUCUCAAAGGUAGCCUUUGGGAUGGACCUGAAUUCCAUUGAUGAUGAUCAGACUCCGUUUCCUCAAGCCAUAUCUCUGGCUAUGAGAGGAUUAGUGGAAAUGAGAAACCCUUUUCUUAGGUUUUCCAUGGAUAAGCAACAGUAUAUUAAAGAUACUCAAGAAAGCCUCAGACUUCUCAGGAAAACUGGGAGAGAAUGCAUCAACAGACGCAGAAAGGCAAUUGAAGACGGAGAAGACAUUCCGGUGGAUAUACUCACACAGAUCCUCAAAGGGGCAGCCCAGGAGGAUGAAUGUGAUAUGGAAGAUUUGAUAGAUAAUUUUGUUACUUUCUUCAUUGCGGGGCAAGAAACAACUGCCAACCAGUUAUCAUUUACAGUGAUAGAACUGGCACGGAACCCGGACAUUCUGAAAAAGGCUCAGGAUGAAGUGGAUGAAGUUAUUGGUUCCAAAAGAGACCUCGAGUACGAUGAUCUUGGGAAACUGCAAUAUUUGUCUCAGGUCUUGAAGGAAAGUUUAAGACUCUACCCUACUGCUCCAGGUACGUCACGUGCGCUAGAAGAAGAAACCGUUAUAGAGGGCGUGAGAAUUCCUGCUAAUUCAUCACUGAUGUUUAACUCCUACAUCAUGGGAAGGAUGGAGCAGUUUUACCCAGAUCCCCUUGUUUUCAACCCAGAUCGAUUUCACCCGGAUGCCCCCAAGCCAUAUUUUACGUAUUUCCCAUUUUCACUUGGGCCACGUUCUUGUAUUGGACAAGUCUUUGCGCAGAUGGAAGCGAAGGUGGUAAUGGCCAAGCUCCUGCAGAGAUUCGAGUUUGAGUUGGUGGAAGGACAAAGCUUCAAGAUUAAUGACACAGGCUCUCUACGACCCAUGGGAGGGGCAGUAUGUAGACUGCGGCCCAGAACAAUCUCAGGAACGAUGAAGAAAUAAACUUUUAUUUUUUAUGCAAUGACUUUACUAUACCAACUAACUGUCCAAUGUAACAAGACUAUUGAAAAAAGUCUAUGUACUAAUGAGUUCAUAAAAAAUAUUAGAUAAAUAUUGGUAUUUUAAAAUAAAGAUGCAUAGACAGCUUUA